AUGGCCUACUCCCCCGAAGCGGUCCGCGCAAAAUUAACCUCCCUAAACGAAACCCAAGACUCCAUAGUAGCAACCUCCCAAUGGCUGCUCUUCCACCGCCGCCACGCCCCCUCCACCGCCCAACUCUGGCUCGCCCACCUGCAAACCCCCACCCUCACGCCCGCAAAGCGCCUCAACCUUAUCUACCUGGUCAACGAAGUCGUGCAGCAAUCUCGCGCACGCGGGAAGACGGAUUUCGUGCUAGCGUUCGAGCCGAUCAUUGCGGAGGCUACGGCGAGCGCGUAUAAAGGCGCGAAUGAGAGUGUGCAGGGGAAGAUUGGACGGGUGGUGGAGGUGUGGAGGCAGAGGGGGGUGUUUGAGCGGACGAUAUUGGAUGCGGUUGAGGCACGGUUGGAGGAGGUGAGGAGGGCGAAGGGGGGAAAGAGUGGGGGGAGGCAGUUGGGUGGGACGUUGUUUGGUGGUACCAGUGGGAGUGGUAACGGCGUUGUGCCGGUGGAGUUGGAGGGCGUGGCUAAGAGUUUGGCGAGUGUGACGAAAGCAGAUGUUACGAAGACGCCUGCGGUGGAGAAUGCGGAGAGGGAGUUUCAGAAGGUUACGGAUGCGAGUGCGGCUGUGCCAAGUCCGCCCGUGCAUGCGGCGAGGUUGAGCGCGUUGUUGAGGAGUCUUGCGACUGCGCAGGGGGCGGUUGAGGCGAGUGUGCGGGCGAGGAGAGAGUUGUUGGCGGGGUUGGAGAGGUUGGUGCAGGAGAGUAAGGUGAAGCUGGCGGAAGAUGAGGCAACGAUGGAGAUGCUGGGGGUGAGGAAGGAGGGGAUCGAGGUUAAGAAGCGAGAGGUGGAGGAUGGCAUCAUGCGAGGGCUGUCUAACCCGUCUUCGCCUGUAGCGGCCUCAGCGCCUGCGACGGAGGGUCUGGCGCAAGAUGGCGCGGUACAGACGAACGGAAACGGGGCAGAGUCCACCGCUCCCGAGGCGGAGUCCUUCACGCCUCCACCACCCGAAAUCGAGUCC